GGACCAAACCACGCAUACUCUGGCGAUGGACAUGAUAAACUCAUGGGUUUUAUGAACAACACAUUUCCCUUGGCUGUUUAUGGUCUGCAAGAUGUUUUUAGUGGUUUCAUCCUUUUUUUGAAACUGUGGACAUYGAACUCUGAUCCCAAACUAAUAGGAAGAUGGUAUUUUGAACACUUGUGUAGCUCCAGAGUGAUCAGCUGUUUCCUGAGGCUGGAUAAAGGGACAGAGACUGGUGAGAUGGCAACAAUUCAUGCUUAUCUGAGAAACAGCCAUGAAGAUAUUGCAAAUGACAAAGAAGAAGCAGCCAACACAGUUCACUAUGGACCUUCUACUAAUAAUAGGAUCGAAAGGUGGUGGCGAGAACUUCAUCACAGACUGGAAAAGUUUUUCAAGGGACAAUUGAAAAUGUUGCUAGAUGAGGGCUAUUAUGACCCAGACAAUGAAACUGACCGACACUUAUUGGCAUUUAUUUUCAUACCUGUGAUUCAAAAGGAAAUGGACAUAUUCCGUGAAACRAUUUGGAAUUCCCACAGAGUAAGAGCUCAAAAAGAUGCACAAGUUCCAAAGGGGAUACCAGAACACUUAUUCAAUUUUCCAGAAAGUUAUGGUGCUGAAGAAUGUGGAAUGCCCUUGACCCAAGAAGCACUUGAUGAAGUGGCAAGGUUGUCAGACGUCAUGACUGUUGGGGAGGAGUACUUACCUGCAGCUGUGAAAAGGAAAUGUGAGCAAAUUAUUCCUGAUGUUGAUGGUAUAAAGCCAAUAGAAGCUGCAGAUUCUUAUUUAUUCUUGAAAGCCCACUACAAUUAAAAUAGGGGGGGAAAUGAUUCAUCAAGCUCUUUUUUAUCCAUCAACGUAUCUUUAUUUAUGACAUAGAAGGCAAUUAUAAGAUAACAUAUGUCAAAUGCUUAUAAUUCAAUGCCAUGGAAGAUCAAUAUUUACUUAACUGUAACUGUGAUAUAAAUGCUAGGAUAAAAAUUAUAAUCAAUUCGAUGAUGUAAGGGAAUUGAUUAAAACAAGCAAAAAGACAUUUCUAUAGGCCUAGCUGGAGUGCAAGUAGUUGACCUAUGAAAUAAAGCAAUAUUUAUGCUA